AUGUCUUUAGUUAGGCCAGCGGAGCUCUCCGCCACAUCUUACAGAAACCCCAAACUCUACUCUCCAAAGGGCAGCAAUGACAGUUCCACCUUGUCCACUCAAACAUUUUCCUCUGAUAAGCAUAAGACUCUGUACGUGGCUGAUCCUUACCCCGCUGAGAGCUAUGAGUACUUCCUUGACUCCCCAGUGGAAGAAAUUGCAAAUCCAUCUAGCUCUGGCAUUUCUGGAAAUUCAACUAAUCCACGAGGUGACUCAUCUUACCAGCUCAGAGCUGGAUCAGUUUCCUCCUUGAACACUUAA